AUGGAGAGCAGGCAUGAGGUUGGAAUGGUGCUGUUCAAGGACGAGGCCAAGACAGUCUGGUACGAGUCUGAACGUGGUCGUGAUGCGGACCAGCAAGGUACUCAACAUGGACUGUUAAAACUCACGCACUUGGAGCUUGAUAUCUUUCCCAUUCGAGUUGAAGGGAUGGCAAAGGCUGCCUGCAGGUACUACACUGACAUCUAUGCGCCGACCACGUUCCGUCGACUUCAAAUCCAGGGCGAGGCAGAGGACGGACCCCUUCUGCGUCACUACAUCCCCCUGAUCCUCAGCCACCACGUCUCGUUUGUCGCUAUGCUAGCAAACUCGACGCUGCAGUUCGACUUGAUGGACCGAGAACGUGAUGGGCCUUCUCCACAGGCAAAGGGACUGUACGAUACCAGCAUUCGACUGCUUCGUCAGUACCUGCAGUCGACUGCGGAUAAGGUGUCGGACUUGGUCAUAUGUACCAUGAUGUUUUUGGCGACCUUUGACAAAUUGACGUCGAACCACGACAGUGCCUGGAUCCAUUUACAAGCCAUCAGGGAAGCGAUCGACCGCAGAGGUGGCCCCGAGCAGAUGGCGUUUGAUGGCUGGCUUGCGACCGUGACGGACAGCUUCAUAUCACACGCAGAGUGUCAGCGGGCCGUGUUCCGUCAACUCGGUGGCAAAGCUUACACGGCCAAACACCUACGCCGUCCAGUCCACCCAUUCCCACCGGCUCUGUGUGCGAAGAUAUCGAGGCUCCCUCAAGGCUUCGAGGACUUUUGCAUCAGCGAACGCCCUGUGGCCGCAGUGAUCGACAUCUUUCUCGCCAUCACCACAUGGAUGGACUCCGUCAGAGCAGCCAUUUCACGAGGCGAAGAGAGCUACCUCCUCGCGAGCCGGGGACUUGUCGAAGCGAACCUCACCAACGCCACUCGAUGCAUGGAACUGCUUCAGCACCCGCACUUGCCACUGCACGACCAAUUCGUCCUCAUGGCCCUGCAAGCCCACUGCUCGGUGAUGGACUGGAGCGAGCGCGGCCGCUUCCUCAACAUGGCCUAUCUCCAGGUCCACGCGGGCCUCCUCCCCUCGAGCCCCUGCUUCCUCGACACCUCCUCCCCGCGGAGACACCAGGCCGAGUGGCUGACGUGGGUCGGCAUGACGAUGCUCGCGAGCUCGCACACCAACGACCUCACCUGGUCGCUCGGCACGAGGAUUUUGGGCAAGCAGGAGGAGAAGCGCAGCUGGAUGGAGCGGAUCAGGAUUUGUGAGAGGUUCUUCUGGAACGAGAGGCUGUCGUACCAGGUUCUGAGGAAGAUGCAUUUCAAAAGUCGCAAGGGGUCCUAG